AUGAGGGGGAGAAAUGACUCGGGGCACAGCAAGAGGCCGGUUGUACCGUGCUGUGUGAUGAUUGUGUGCCUGUGCCUCCUCUUCUUGUAUUUCUCGGGCUCCAAUGGACAGGCUGGGACCACCGCAUUUGAGUACGGGACCAAAUUCUCACGGUCACUUGGAUGGGGCAGUGAUGAUGGUGAGGAUGGCUCUGAAGAGUCCAUUUUUGGAACUGGGGAUGCAGAUGAUGUCAAGCCCAAGAGCUUUCCUGUGUGUGAUGACCGGCACUCUGAGCUGAUCCCCUGCUUGGAUAGGAACUUGAUAUAUCAAAUGAGGCUGAAGCUGGAUUUAAACCUGAUGGAGCACUAUGAGAGGCAUUGUCCUCCACCUGAAAGGCGUUUUAAUUGCUUGAUUCCUCCACCACAUGGCUAUAAGGUUCCUAUAAAAUGGCCAAAAAGUCGUGAUGUAGUGUGGAAAGCAAACAUUCCACACACUCACCUUGCAAAAGAGAAGUCAGACCAGAAUUGGAUGGUUGAAGCCGGUGAAAAGAUCAAGUUUCCAGGUGGUGGGACCCAUUUUCACCAUGGAGCUGACAAAUAUAUAUCAAAUAUUGCAAAUAUGCUAAAUUUCAAAGAUAACAAUAUAAACAAUGAGGGGAUGCUUCGUACAGUUCUUGAUGUUGGUUGCGGAGUUGCUAGUUUCGGAGGAUACCUACUUUCUUCUAAUGUGAUAGCAAUGUCUUUGGCACCAAACGAUGUGCAUCAGAAUCAGAUUCAGUUUGCACUUGAAAGAGGGAUCCCUGCAUAUCUUGGUGUUUUGGGAACAAAAAGGCUUCCGUACCCAAGUAGAUCAUUUGAACUAGCCCAUUGUUCACGUUGUAGGAUCGAUUGGCUUCAAAGAGAUGGGAUUCUUCUGCUUGAACUAGACAGAUUGCUACGACCUGGAGGUUAUUUUGCUUACUCCUCUCCUGAAGCAUAUGCACAGGAUGAGGAGGAUCUCCGAAUCUGGAAAGAAAUGAGUGCCCUUGUGGAAAGGAUGUGCUGGAAAAUUGCAGAGAAAAGAAACCAAACUGUUAUUUGGGUGAAACCCCUGAACAAUGACUGUUACAAGAGACGAGCACAUGGUACAAAGCCACCUCUAUGCAAAAGUGGUGAUGAUCCAGAUUCAGUAUGGGGAGUGCCAAUGGAAGCUUGCAUUACUCCGUAUCCUGAACAAAUGCAUAGAGAUGGGGGAACUGGGCUAGCUCCCUGGCCUGCUCGAUUAACAACCCCGCCUCCCCGUCUUGCUGAUUUGUAUGUUACUGCAGACACAUUUGAAAAGGACACGGAAAUGUGGCAGCAAAGAGUAGAAAAUUAUUGGAGUUUGUUGGGCCCAAAGGUAAAACCAGACGCUAUUAGAAACAUCAUGGACAUGAAAGCAAACUUUGGGUCAUUUGCUGCUGCACUCAAGGAAAAAGACGUAUGGGUGAUGAAUGUUGUGCCACAUGAUGGACCAAGCACCCUCAAGAUAAUCUAUGAUAGAGGGCUGAUAGGCAGCAAUCACGACUGGUGUGAAGCCUUCUCGACCUAUCCUCGAACAUAUGAUCUUCUCCACGCAUGGGCAGUCUUCUCUGACCUUGAUAAAAGAGGUUGCAGUGCUGAAGACCUGCUCCUUGAAAUGGAUCGUAUCCUCAGGCCGACUGGGUUUGUCAUCGUGAGGGACAAGAGCACUGUCAUUGAAUUCAUCAAGAAGUACCUCCACGCACUUCACUGGGAAGCAAUAACUGUUGUAGAUGCUGAGCCCAGCCCAGAAUCAGAGGAGAACGAAAUGAUCUUGAUCAUCCGGAAGAAGUUGUGGCUACCAGAAGCAGGCUCUCAGCAUUCCAGCACGUAG